UUGAAAUAAUAAGUAAUUUAAUUUAUAAAUCUGGUGUCACUGAAAAUACUUCUUUUUCUAUUACACAUAUUUUACUAAGUUACUUUACUGCAGCUAGUAUAAACAUAUAUAAAAAUCCUCAGAUUGAAAUUCUUCAGGAUAAAGUUUUUCAAAAUAAAACUUUUCAGACUGAAGUUCCUCAAGAUGAAGCUUCUCAGAAUGAAGUUCUUCAGGAUAAAGUUUCUCAAAAUAUUUCUCAAAAUGAAAUUCCUCAAGAUAAAGUUCCUCAAAAUGAUAACAAAAUUCUUCAAGAUAAUGUACUAGUAGAUACAAUUAUUUAUUUAGAAAAUAUGUCAAAUAAAACAAGCUAG